AUGGCCUCCCAGAUCAGUCAGAACUAUCACCAGGAUUGUGAAGCUGCUGUCAACAAGCAGAUUAAUGUGGAGCUCACUGCCUCCUAUCUCUAUCAGUCUUUGAUGUCCUACUUUGACCGGGACGAUGUUGCCCUUCCCCAUUUUUCCCGGUUCUUCAAACAUCAGUCCCAGGAGAAGCAGGAACAUGCAGAGAAGCUGCUGAAAUUCCAGAAUCAGCGUGGAGGCGGAGUCCUCCUGCAGGAUGUGAAGAAGCCAGAGAGGGAUGAGUGGGGUAACAGCCUGCAGGCAAUGCAGGUUGCCCUGGAUCUGGAGAAGAAUGUGAACCAGAGUUUGUUGGAUCUACACCAAGUCGCCACUGCCCAGACUGACCCUCAUAUGUCCUACUUUGACCGGGACGACGUUGCCCUCGCCCAUUUCUCCCGGUUCUUCAAAGAUCAGUCCCAGGAGAAGCGGGAACAUGUAGAAAAGCUGCUGAAAUUCCAGAAUCAGCGUGGAGGCCGAGUCCUCCUCCAGGAUGUGAAGAAGCCAGAGAGGGAUGAGUGGGGUAACAGUCUGCAGGCAAUGCAGGUUGCCCUGAAUCUGGAGAAGAAUGUGAACCAGAGUUUGCUGGAUCUACACCAACUCGCCACAGCCCAGACUGACCCUCAUCUGUGUGACUUCCUGGAGACUCACUAUUUGGAUGAGGAGGUGGAGAUCAUCAAGCAACUCGGGGACUACAUCACCAACCUGAAGCGCCUGGGAGCCCCUGAGAAUGGGAUGGGAGAGUACCUGUUUUCAACUGUCACCCAUGUCUUCCAUGGGUCAGCCAAUUCUGAAUCCAAUCUGCCUCAUUUCCCCCGUCGCAUGCCUCCUGACUUUCUGCCCGAGCCUGCCAUGGGCAACCUGAUCAAACGCCUUACUUCAAUCCAUAUGACCUACUUUGACUGGGAUGAUGUGGCCCUCCCCCACUUCUCCCAGUUCUUCAAAGAUCAGUCCCAGAAGCAAUCCAAAGUUUGUCUUCCAAGUGGCUUCAUCAGUGUUUUUGCUGUCUUUCCUUCACCCAUGGGCUCAGCAACUUUCUCUUCCAACGGCUUCUCUCCUCGACCCCACCCUGCCUGCCCCCACCACCUAAAUAACUGGAAGUCUGCCAGCCCUGAGCUGGGGAAAUUCGGCCCAAACUUUCACAACAGUCACAUUCCAGGGAAUCGGCUCCAGAUUCUCUGGGGCUACCUGAUUGAUAGUGGAUGGUCUUGA